AUGGCUACCAUAACUCGUCAACCUUUUGCGCCUCUUGACGGAGCGCGCUUGCAGACAUUGACAAGUCUAAAGAACAGACAGAAUGCUCUCUCAAACGCAUCGCCCGGGAAGCGAAAAGCAUCAGACAACUUAGAUGCGGACGAUUUCGAGAAUGUAGACCCGGUGUUCUACUCUAAGAGAUCAAAGGGCUCGGAUAACGUCUUUGCUCCUAAGGAUUCUUUCGUCAAGCCGUCAUUCAUUCUCACGAAAUCGGCUAGUGCAAACGAUGUCUCUAUUCCCAGUCCGCCUAAGGCAGCCGCUCCGCGCGCACGGUCCUUACUCAACCCCAAGUCGCCUGUUUCGAAACUGAACAUCAGCUCCGCUAGAUCCACACCCCUUUCGGCUCCUGCUGGUCGAUCUCCAACCCGUGGCAAGAGGUCCGGUAUCCUCUCUUCUCGCCAGCGCACAAAGGCCUUCUCCCGAGUGAACCCGCCUAGCUUUAGUUCGAGUGCAUCUUCCGCACCAUUCUCACUGGAUGCAGCUCUCAAGGGUACGAUCCCAAGUUACGCUGGCCGCAAAGCACCUUCUGCGGCAAAGUCUUCAUCUGGUUCCCUUGGCCUCGAUAGCCUAGAGGAGGGAGAUGUAAAGCAAUCGUGGUUCUUCGAUAUCCACGAAGACACCCCGGAGCAAGAAAUGACCAAUCUACUCCAGCACAGUACCUGCGUACUGGACAUUAGCUCGGACGAAGAAAGCGAGACCCGGCGCCAGCGAGAACGUGCCGAGGGCAAGGAAAAUGUACCCCCUGCAGAUGAUGUCUCCCAGACCUCGCGACCGCGGGCUGCUAGACAUGUCGCAGAGGACGAGAUGAUGUUUGAGAAGGAAAGGAAUCCUCUCGGCGAGAUGAAUGUUCGCGAGUACUACUCUGAGGGAUGCGAUGAGAAUACCAUCGUCAUCAUACCGGGUGAUGACGAAGAAGUUAGCGAACCCCAACAGCAAACACGAUACAGACCUGACGUCACCUCCGCGCUUAACUCAGGCGAAUCAGAUGUACCUCAACUUGGCGCUAAAGACGGCGCACAAUCAGUAGACCAGUUGAUGGAGAAGGCAGAUGAGCUUGCUCCUAACGCAGCUGUGCUCGAGCCGAUGGAAGGAACAGGUGAGAGCUUCGAGGUAUGGGAAAGCGGAAGCGCCAAGGAUGAAGCAGAGACAACUGCAUUAGUAGAGGCGACGGAGUGCUAA